AUGGCCGGCCCGGGGAGCGGGGCGGCCGGCGGGCCGGGGCGGGGAGGGCAGCGCCGUUACCUUCCUCCCGCCGCCCCGGCUUCCUGCCUCAUUUCCUGGCCCCGGCCCUCCCCCGCCGGCGCUCCGCGGGGCCGCCGCCUCGUGCCCGGGGCUGGCCGGGGACGGUGGGGCCGAGACGGGCCGGGCCCGAUAGGCCUGAGGGACCCCGGUGCACGCCCACCCCCGACCCCCAAGGGAGCGCUGGACCCCGCCGCGGGGGGAGCGGGGAGGAGGCGGCGGACAUUUUGUGGAGGCGGGGGCCGGCGAGGCUCCGCCCGGAGAGGCGGGGCCGGGGCCGCCAUGGCGGAGUGGGGCCGAGGUCAGAGUCCAGGUGCCGUGGAGGAUAUGCUGGAUGUGGAGAACAAGCGUAUGGCAGACAGCCUGGCCAGCAAGGUCACCAGGCUGAAGUCGCUGGCUCUGGAUAUUGACAAAGAUGCUGACGAACAAAACCGGUACCUGGAUGGCAUGGAUUCAGAUUUUAUGAGUGUGACUGGCCUGCUAACCGGCAGUGUGAAGCGUUUCUCCACCAUGACGCGAUCUGGGAGGGAUAAUCGCAAGUUGCUCUGUUCCGUUUCAGCAGGACUGAUUGUUGUUUUCUUCAUCCUCUACUAUCUCGUGUCCAAAGCAGGGACUUGAGCUUGUUGUUACGCAAGUUUUACAGAACAAAAAACACAACAAUUGACAGACUUGUUCAACGCCUUUCUCAGUCUGCCCUGUGGUGGAGUCUUUGAGACGUUCCAGACAGACCUUCCAAAUAACUUUCUUUUCCACCAGCUUCUUGUCUUUGUUCUGGCUGGUCUCAGACAUCCCUUUAUAAAAUGAGUAUGUUUGAUUCUAAACGGAUUUUCACAUAUAACACGAUUUUGAUGUUGUUAAAUGCCUACGCCUUUCUCUCUUGCCUUGUUGUCCCUGUCUUGUGGCCUAUUUUUAAGGGUCACUUUUGCGUGACCUCCCUUACUGAUAUUCGGUACUAAGCUCAUGAGGAGAUGUGGCUGACAAAUCCAGAGAGUUGUUGAUACUCAAAAGAGUAAUAAACGAGCCGAGGUUUGGAAGCUGUAGAGUUUA